AUGCGCAACCUCCGCGACCGAUUCGGCGGCUUUACGGUCGUUUACCUGAACGGCGUCAUCCUGCAGAACGAGCUGGAGGCGUUCAAGGAGCUCAUCGCGCAGCUCACUCGAGCCACAGGAGUCAAGCACCCGGUGCUGUCCUAUUGGAACAUGUACGAGUAUCUGCGGGGGCUGCUCGUCGCGAAGGCCAAGGCCGGGGACCAUGUGAUCGUGGUUCUGGAUGCGCUGGAGCAGUUCGUGCGCGAAAACAGCAACGCAAAGCAGUUGCUGCUGUACAAUUUACUCGACUGGCUGCAGUCAAAGGAUAUCAAGAUGGGGGUGUUGGGUAUCACCGACAACUACAACGUUGUGGACAAUCUCGAAAAGAGAGUUCGCUCCAGGUUUUCAAACCUCCAGAUAGUUAUCGAACGGCCUUCAUUUGCACAGAUACGGCAACACCUCGUCCGAGCUCUUUCGCUUGACAACUUCGAGUGGGAAUCUAAUUCGGAGCUGCAGCGUCCCUCGGCUGAGUAUUGCGCGGCGUUCUCCAAAAGCGUGAGCGAGCUGCUGCUGGAGCAAAGCAAGUUUCUUGCGAGCCUCGAGUUUGACUACGACAUUGGCAAACCGCAAACCUUUUUCGUAAGGCUCGCCGCUGCUGCCGUGUACUACCUGGACGCAGACUCGCCGCUACUCACGGCCCAACACUUUCGGCGCGCCAGACAUUUGCUGGAACAAGAUCACCAGCUCGCCGUGCUGGAGACCGUAACAGAGCAUGGAAUCGCGCUGUUAAUUGGGAUGGGGCACCUCGAACGGGGCGACCAACGUGUGUUUACGCUGGAAAUGGUGUACGCGCGAUGGGAGAAUUUCCUUCGUCAACACGACAUGCUUGCCCAGCUGCCAACGCGUAGUGAAGCCCAAAAAGCGUUGGAAAACCUGCUGCGGCUGAAACUGGUCAAGGAUGCUGGGGAUGCUUUCAAGAUUGGGCGGGGUGGGGACAGCUCCAUGAAGCAGGACGCGUCAGGCUCUCUUCAGCCGGAGUUUCGGGCCGUGCACUUGAAUUUCGCCCCGCGAACUCUUGAAGGCAUGCUGCGUAAUGGAAGUAUCAAAUGUUCGACACUGCUGAAAGAGUGGGCUAUAAACGGUAGCUGA